GCAUAUUGAUCCAGCAGCUAGUUGAUCGUUAGCUUUUGUGUCAGGAUGGUGUCUGUGGUGUGUAUCUGUUUGUCCGUACUUUCUGGCUAAAGGUAUCCGGCAUUUGGCGGCUUUAAUGUUCCGUGCAGGUAAUCUAAAAACCAUCGGCAAAGCGGGAACCGGCUGGCACUUUCGCCGGACGAUGGACGAGCUGGUCCAUGACCUGGUGUCAGCACUGGAGGAGAGCUCUGAGCAAGCAGCCCGUGGUGGUUUUGGUGACGGAGGAGACCAUGCACUGGCCGUGGGCUGUCUGCUGAAGAGGCAGGCUCGGAAGCGGAGGGGCAGGAAAAGACGCUCGGAUAACCCACACCCGCCUUGGGAGACGGGCCACCUCAGUGAGGGCUCAGAGUCCAGUGUGGAGGAACACAAGGACUACCGUGCCAGUACAGGAGGUGUCUCUGCUGCCAACAGCCAUGCCCGCGACAACAGCGACUCAGAUGAACAACUUGGCCCCAAACGGCGCACCCUUCUAACAGCUGACACAGGACGUAGCAAGCGUCCGCUUUGGCCAGACGACUUGGGCGUCCUGGGGUCCGCAGAGGGAACUCGCAGCCUCAGACGGAGACGUAAGGUCAAACGUAUGGCUGUAGACCCACCUGCGGAGUCAGAACCCCCCUCCUCAACCAUGCUAGGGCCCCCACCUGUCCCCAAAGCCCGAGUUGGCGGCAGGCCGCACAGACUGUGUGCAAACGAGGGCAGGGGUCCCAUGGAGCUCUGUGGAGGUGGACUGAUGGGGCCAGGAGGAGGAGGGAAGAAUAGGGUGAAAAAGAGGAAACUGGCCCCCCACAGACUGGGAAUGGAGGCUGCAGAUGAAGGGGUGGUGGUGGAGAGUGAGGACCCCAUCUGUUCUCCAACGGAAGGGUCCAAGGACAAGAUGGAGUUGGAGGAGCAGAAGGGCUCAGAUGAGGACAUGAGUGACAGGUGUGAGACCAGCAGUGUCAGUAACAGCAGUGAUGGAGGCCUCUACACUAAUGACGAGGGAAGGCAAGCUGAUGAUGAGCAGAGCGACUGGUUCUAUGAGGGGGAGCCGGGCUCCGUUUCAGGGCCCGGAGGUGCUUGUGGGAUAGCGGGAGUGGUUCCUUGGUGGGAGAGGGAGACGGGGUCAGAGGAGCUGGACCUAGCUGACCCCGUCUUCAACAGCAUCCUCACUGGAUCCUUCCCACUCAUGAGCCCUGGAGCACAGAGAGGGUUCCAGGCUCGGCUGAGUCGUCUCCAUGGAAACCAGCAGGCAUCUCAGGCGGGGCUGCAGGGCAGCUCCAGCCAAGGCUUCAAUGACAGACUGGGCCGACAAACCCAGGACUCCCACGAGCCUUGGUUUAGCUCAGGCUCGAGGAGAGAACACGGACAGUUGCAUUGGGACCCACGGUCAGACAGAGGGCAUCGGAGAAGCUGUUCAGUAAAAACAGCCAGCAGACAGACCAGCGGGCACCUCGGCUCUCUAUGUACAGGGGAUGUCAAGCGGAGGCGAAAGGCAGCCCCCCUCGGUUCCACCGCCCCCUCAGGAGUGGUCGGUGAGAGCGCGCCUCCCAUCCCUGACUCCAACAUGGGGAGUCGAAUGCUGCAGAGCAUGGGCUGGAGCCCGGGGAUGGGUCUGGGUCCAGAGGGCAGGGGCAUCACCGAGCCCAUCCGGGCCACACAGAGACCCAAAGGCACAGGUUUAGGUUUCAACUGAACAACUGGUUUGUGGAUCCUGAACCUGACAUAAGCUGGGACAAGACGCCCCAAGAGUUACGAGGAGAGAGGGAGGUGAAAUGCUGCUCAGGGCGAUGAAUGAUAAAAAAACGUCCCAGAAUAAUCCAAACAUGUGAGUCAUAAGAAGGGAAGGAAUGAGGCUUUUUUUAGCAACAGAGUCUGUGAUGAAAGAUAAACUUUCCCAUAUUGGGGAAACGGCAAGAAGCCGGGGAGAUCCACACGGAGAGAGAGAGAGAGAGAGUGACACGUGAAGGUGAAUGAAAUUGUGCAGGAGAAAAGUCCUCUCAAGAAACUCCAUGUGGGAGAAAAUAAAUGACACUGAUGCCUCAUUGUUAGUGUGUUAAACUGGCAUGCUGCCUCAGCCCCCUUACCUCAGACACCAUCUUUACUGGCCCAAAAACUGAGCCAGUGAUGACAGUGUGGUUUGUUUUCAGUCAGCUGUGUUGGUUAGUGAAUUAAUGAUAGAUGGUUUUGGUCCGAUAUUGCACAAGAAGACUAACUGAGUUGGCCAUACCUCAAACUUUAAUUUUAGGUUCCUUUUAAAGGUAAUGAAGGAUACACUGUACGGAUGUGUGUUGAAAUAUGUGGAUCUUUUUUCCAUCUAUUUUAUUGUUUGUUUAAUGGCAAAAGUCGUCAUCGGAAUGUUUUUAUCUAUCCAAAACAAAUAUAAAUAUAAAAAUCAAACCCAUAAUCUUACCUUCAUUUAGCACCACUAUGUAUGCAUGUGCAGCUGUGGCUGCUGCUGGUUCUGCUCAAGAAAACACACUGAGACACGUGAGGUCAAGUCUUUCAUAAGUAAUGUUUGUACCGCAGACUGCAGCAUUUAGCCUACAAUAGUCAUAUUUAAUUGCCACUUUUACGCUGCCUGUUUAAGGUGGGAUUAUAGCGCUGUUAUGCCACCUCGCCGUUCUGUAUAAAAGGUACAGUUGCGGAGAGUAGAGUUGUCUGGCCUUUAAGCCAGCGACAGAGGUAGUAACAGCGUUGAACCGAGGUCUGUGUAAGAGGGACAGCCGGCAGUUAUGCGUGUGACAAACCGCGGGAGAUAUAAAAAGCAGCUCAGCAGCUAACUUAAAGAAGUGGAACAGCAGCUGUAAAUGUCCACAAAUUGGGCGAACAAUGACAUUGGGGAGCUCCUGACCCAAUGAGCAGAAAACAAGAUCCAGGGUUCCCACAUGCAUGGAAAACCUGGAAAAGUAAUUUUCACAA